AUGCGGUCACCCUACGAUCCAAUUCUUCCUUUGCACGCACGAUUACGGAAAGAGCGAGCGCGUGUUCCAUUGCCAGUAGAGUUGGAUGGCCAGUUCUACGAUGUAAUGGGCGUGAGCCCUGAGAAUCAGCUGAUUCUGCGUGAUCAACGUGCCGUCCACAAAGAUGUGCGGGUGGAGCAGCUUGAAGGCCGACUGGCAAUUUUAGAUGGUUUUAAGUGGCGUGUAGUGUCAGUCGAGGCCACACCAGACCUGCUAGACACGACCCUGAAACUGAUCAAUCCGGGAGAUCCACCGACCAUGUUCACGGUAGCCAAUGCCGACAUGGCGCGCGUGCAGUUCCCCAGCGACGGUGUUGUACAUACGCUUGGUCCCUUGAAGCAUGGCAUCGUACGUAUGGGGUCCACGGUGCCACGGACGGAAAUUCAAAUACCACUUCGGCGUGGAGAUUCGUUCGAAGCUCGGCUUCGCAACCGAGAGCUUGAUGGCCCUUACGUGAUUGAAGUUGGAGAUGGCGGACAAUUGGUUGCAACUGGUGUUCCUUACAACGGGACUAAGCAAAGCAUUGAAAUUGAACCAUCAGACGUAGCACCGCGCUAUCAGUCUGUGAUGUCUCUCGACUAUGGCGCCAGCUUUGAUGUUGAUGCGUUCUUGUUUCGAGAAGAUGAGCUGCGCGGACAGGCAACGCUUGAUGGCAUUAACUUGGCUGGUGGGAAUAUCCUGGAGCCGCUCUUUGGCAGCCUACCGCCUGGUAUCUUUCCACUAUUGACCAAUGGCGCCAAGCACCUCGCUGUUUUUGAGCAAUUCAUUCGCGACCAUGCUCCGCCUGAGCUUGCUGACACUACGAGCAAGCCGCGAAAACUGACCGUGUUUAAUCUCUCGAUCAGCAACCAAGGCGAUGCUCGGGGUGUUCUUGGUGCGUUGAUUGAUUUCCGAAUCCAGAACCCUCAAGCAGAGAUAUGGAUAGUGGCAUCUAAACUUGGACCAACAGAGUUCCAAGAGUCACCGGAAUAUCCAAAGUAUCUACAAAUCCUCGCCGACCACAACAUUCACAUAAACAUGUUCACCACACCUGACGCCGCAACACGGCAGGUAAUGCAUGCGAAGGGCAUUAUCAUCGACACUCAUGUCCUUUUCAGUACGGGGGCUGUGAUGGAUACCCGGCCCAUCGACAAGGCAGACUUCUCAAUCGAACUCCCGUCGGCGGCAGCCAAGGCAUUCUAUCGUUAUACUGACGAAGCCAUUCACAAUGAUGCAACCGAUGAGCGCCGCGCCGAGCUCGCUUCUGAGCUCGCUAGUCUUGGGGUGGUGAUCAAUGACCCCGUCGCAGGUCUCACGUAUAUUAGCCGUGCACAAGAUGCGCUCAUCCGUGGCGCCUCGCGCCAACUGGUGGUCAGCAUCUCCGACCUGGUGGAUCCUCAGAUGACCCAGACUCUCAUCGAUCGCGCAGCAAAUGGCCUUGAAAUACUGAUACAAGUUCGAGAAGUCGACCCAACGUCUGCGCUGCUUCUCGCAGACGCUAUUCUUCGUUAUUCAAACCUGCGAGUGGAAGACACGAGCUGGUGGGAACCCCGUCCUCACUAUAAUACUAUCAUUGCCGACUCAAAUAUUGCAUACCUUGGUACCUCCUACCUCUGGCCGACGCAAUGCCAUAUGGUUCACCAGGGUCGGUCGUUAGAAAACGGAGUAAUACUCCAAGGAGAUGCUACGGCAAGCCUGCUCAUGCAACUUGACCAGCUGCGUUCACAUGCAUAUGGCAACGACAAAAUCAGCCCGGUGUCUAUUAACGAGGCUUUGGAGGUAUGGAAGCUACAGCGGGGUCCCAUCAAAUAUACCCUUUGCCUCGAAGCUUGUGCAUAG